GAAGGAGCCGGAAGGCGGAAGGUCGCAAUUGGCUGCUGGGAGGCGGAGCGGUGCCCAUAGAUUGGGCGGGAGCCGGUGGUGCGCAGAGGAGCGGUGCGCGCGGGCCGGCGGGCGCCCGACGUCCUGCCGCUGCCAUGUGGAGUGGGCAAGGUACCUUCGACGGCGGGUACAGCACCGCGGGACCUGCGGGCGGCUACAUGCAGGCCCCGGGCGGCUUCGGCUCCCCCACCGGCACCCAGGCGGAGAAGAAGCAGAGAAUCCGCUCCCAGAACGUCGUGCCCUGCACCGUGUCGCAGCUGAUGGUGACCGAUCUGGUGGAGGAGAACUUCCGGAUCCACGACAUGGACGUCAUCCAGGUCACCAUUACGGGCAUAAUUCGGCACUCUGAGAAAGCACCGACAAACAUUCUCUACAAAGUGGAUGACAUGACGGCAGCCCCGAUGGAUGUCAGGCAGUGGGUCGAUACUGAUGGGGCAGGUGGUGAGAACGUUAUGAUACCUCCAGGAACUUACGUAAAAGUAACUGGUCAUCUUCGUUUUUUCCAGACUACGAAAAGCUUGGUGGCAUUUAAGAUCGUGCCUCUGGAAAAUAUGAAUGAGUUCACUGCACACAUCCUAGAGAUUGUCAAUGCGCAUAUGAUCCUUGGAAAAAAACGUAUGUUGCCAUCGAGAGUGCCUCAGUCGUUUUCCUCUGCUGCGACAGGUGACAUGGGAGGCUCUGGAGGAGGUGGCAGCCUAACGCUGAAUGGACUCACAGCGCAUCAGAGUCAGGUGCUGAACUUGAUUAAAAACUGCACUAUCCCAGAGGGUAUGAGUCUUCAAGAGUUGAAAUUUCAGCUCCACAAUAUGAGCAUGUCAACAAUCAGGCAAGCCGUUGAAUUCCUUAGCAGCGAGGGGCACAUCUACUCCACUGUGGAUGAUGAUCACUAUAAGUCAACGGACGCUGAGUGAAGUUGCUUCCAGCUGGAUUUAGUUUAAGCAAAUUCUUGUCCAUGUAUCAAGUUAUCCUGCCGAGCUUUGCGAGGUGGAAGGUGAUCUUUGCUCUUUCUAGCCUGUGAAGGUCUCAGCUACUCUGUGAAUGCCUCCUUGGAAUUCAGGAACAAGCAGAAGCUAUAGAGUUUGUUAACUGGACUUGAUUAUAUGCUGUGACCAUGUGACUAAAAGUGUAAAUAGACAUGGGGAAACUGAACUCCUCAAAGCCUGAGGGCCUUCAGUUUUGUUUUGUCUCCUUAGAGGAUGCCUGCGUUAGAAAGAAGAACCUCUUUCUAACAGGGUCCUGGGCAGAUUGUCUUUUGUUUCUAGACCUGUUUCUCCUAACUCAGCUUUCAUUCCUUUUCAUUCACAUAGCCAAGAGUAAUAUUCCACUAAUGUACAGUAAUCAUGAAUAGAUUUUUGAUUGGUUUAGUUUAUGCAUUUAAAUCUAUAUUUGUACUGAGGCAAUCUUGUUACUAGAGCUUUUGAGUGUUUCCAAUAAAAUUUUAACUUGGGUAGCUUCGCA